UCGCCGACCGACACACACCCGCAGGCGCAGCGCCGAAUUCCCCCCGCCACCCGCCCAGCGAGCGACCUAGCUCGCCGCGAGAUCUCGCAAUGGAGGUGAGAACAGUAAAAGUUGCCAAUAUUUCGUUGAAUGCCUCGAAAAGAGAGAUCACAGAGUUCUUUUCUUUCUCUGGGGAUAUAGAAUAUGUUGAAAUGCAAAGAGAAUCUGAUUGGUCACAAUUUGCUUACGUCACUUUUAAGGACUCACAAGGAGCAGACACUGCUGUGCUUCUUUCAGGGGCAACAAUUGUUGAUCUUUCUGUCAUUAUAACUCCGGUUGAGAACUAUCAGUUGCCUCCUGAAGCCUGCAAUCAAUCAACGGGACAAAGAUCAACAUCUACUGAAUCUGCAGUCAGGAAGGCAGAGGAUGUUGUGAGCAGCAUGAUGGCCAAGGGUUUUGUCCUCAGCAAAGAUGCUCUCAACGUAGCAAGAUCUUUUGACGAGCGUCACAACAUCCUGUCCAAUGCUAGUGCCACCGUGGCAUCUCUAGACCGUCAGUAUGGCCUGAGCGACAAGAUCAACCUGGGCCGGGCUGUUGUUGGCAGCAAAGUCAAGGAAGUGGAUGAGCGCUAUCAGGUCUCAGAAAUCACAAAGUCUGCUCUGGCUGCUGCAGAGCAGAAAGCCAGCAUUGCAGGCUCUGCUCUCAUGGGCAACCAAUAUGUCUCAGCUGGUGCUUCAUGGCUAACCAGCGCAUUUGGCAUGGUUACCAAGGCAGCAGGUGACAUGAGCUCAAUGACCAAAGAUAAGGUAGACAGAGCGGAAGAGGAGAGGAAAGCAAUCAUGUGGGAAGAGAGGAAUGGGCUCGUCAGUGACUAUGCGAAGAUCCACCUUGAUGAGCACUCUUCAUGGGAGCCUGCAGUUCUUCCCGUGGAAUCAAUGGAUGAGCAGAAGCUCCAGGCUGUGUGAUCCAGCAAAUAGAAUGUUAGUCGCGUCAUCUGGUGUUUCAUUCGUUUAUUGUUACUUGUUCCAUAUAUAGAUCCUUUUACGCCACUGUACUGGAGCAAAAACAGGGUGUUUGUAACCUAUAGUGUGAUGUAAAUUUUAGAAUGCUGCCCUUGUGUUCCCAUCAGCUUUCUUAUACUAGACCUCUGGAAGGUUUUCUUGUUUUUCGAUACAAUAUAGAG